CGUACAGCAAGUCGGAUGGAAAAGGUCCGACUGCUAGUGCUGGAGUUCGCGAAAGACAUCCAUGCACUGUGGCGAUACGGGGCUCCAUUCCCGACCUUCCUGAAGCUCAUCGGUACGCUCGUGCUCUGCCUCAUUGUAAUGAUGCCGCUGCUCUACCCUCUGUGUGUCCUCGUCUUCACUUAUUUCACCUGCGAGGGACUAUUUCUUAGGGGGUUGGCACAAUACACCAAAUUUCCUGAAGGCUUUACAUUCGGUGUCGCCACAGCGGCCCAUCAGAUAGAGGGAGCCUGGAAUGUAAGCGGCAAAUCAGAAAACGUUUGGGACCGGCUCAGCCACACCCGGCCGUGGAUGAUUGCGGAUGGCACCAACGGUGACGUCGCAUGCGACUCCUACAACAGAUACCAGGAAGAUGUGGACGCCCUCGCUCACAUCGGCGUGGACUUCUAUAGAUUCUCUCUAUCCUGGUCCAGGAUCCUUCCCACGGGCCGCGUCGACUUCGUGAACCCCGACGGCAUCCGUUACUACAACGCUCUCCUCGAUGCUUUGGCAGAGAAAAAUAUUGAGCCACUGGUAACCUUGUUCCACUGGGAUUUGCCACAAACACUUCAAGAUCUAGGCGGCUGGGCCAAUCCGAAAAUGAUUGACUAUUUCCGCGACUACUCUGACUUGUGCUUUAGAGAGUUCGGUGACAGAAUCAAAUCCUGGAUUACAUUCAAUGAGCCGUAUGAAAUUUGUGAAGACGCCUAUGGCGAUGACAAGAAAGCCCCUGCGAUCGACAGCCACGGGGUUGGAAACUAUCUAUGCAGUGACACGCUUCUUAAGGCCCAUGCGGAGUCCUAUCACUUGUACAACGAGACUUAUAGGCCGACACAGAAUGGCAGAAUCCAGAUCUCAAUCAACUCUAUAUGGUAUGAGCCAGCUGACCCUGAGAACGCCGAGCAAGUUGCUCUGGCUGAAGUAGCCAAUCAGUUUAAGUUCGGAUGGUUUGCACACCCAAUAUUCACGGAAGCAGGUGGAUAUCCCACUGUCAUGGUAGAAAAUGUGGCACUACAAAGCAAGGCCGAAGGUUUACCCAAGCCACGUUUAGAACAAUUCGACGAUUACUGGAUCAAGAGAAUCAGAGGCACUUCAGACUUCCUAGGCAUCAACCACUACACGACUCACUUGAUCACUGGUGCCGGCGUGGACCCCAUCGCCAAAUCACCGUCCUGGCUGAAAGAUAUUGGAGCCGUAACAAGUUUGAAAGUCGGCACUGAUUCCGCUUCUGAGUGGCUUCGGGUGGUGCCCACUGGUUUUGCCAAUUUCUUGCGUUGGUGUAAGAGCUCCUACAAUGACCCACCGAUUUACAUUACUGAAAAUGGAUUCUCUGACCGAGGCACCCUAUUGGACUACGGAAGAAUUAAAUACUUUAAUGAUUAUUUGUCUGAAAUUCUGAAUGUGAUCUACGACGAUGGUGUCAACAUCCUUGGCUACACAAUUUGGACUCUUAUGGACAAUUUCGAAUGGCGAGCUGGAUUCUCUGAAAGAUUCGGUUUAUACAAAGUCGAUAUCACGGAUCCAAGCUUACCACGAACACCGAAGCUGUCCGUCGAAUACUGGAAGCAGCUGUGCGCCACGCGAGAGCUGCCUCAAGAAGACCGUUUCAAAGAGCCCGCUCUACCGCUGAAAAAAUCAGAACUUUGAGGAUAUUGAGGACGCAAUUGAAAACGAUAGUGGAUAUUAAAACAAAUAUUUAUUUAGUUCGUAUAAGAAUAUCAACUUAUUUACAAUGAAAUUAUUGCAAAUUAGUUACAAAUGUAUGACGUUCAUAAUUUCAUUGUUAUAACAUUGAUACACGUAGUUAUUAUAUACACUACAGAGAAAACUUGCAUGUGUCAGCCUGAACAGAUAUGUUUGUAAAAUAUUUAAGGCUAUACUUAAGAAAUAAACCAUAAAAUAGUUUACUUGAAAUAUUGUUCCGAAUAUUAUUCUAUGACGGUCUAUACAUGCAUACCAGAGUCAGAUAAUACCUCGAUAUCAAAGCCUAAGCCCAUAAAGUUAAUAGAAUACAAAAAUCCGCCCGCCCACAUAAAUAUAGCUAACAUGAAAAAAUAUAUAA